AGUUGUACUAAUGUCAUCCAUCACCAUCAUUGGCAUUUUUCUGCAUAGCCAAAUGACUCCAAAAGAAAAAUGCUUUAGGGGAGGAUAGAGCGGGAAUUCUUGUCAGAAGAAUUUUGGUGGCGCGCACCCAUGUUGACGAAAGAGGUGUUGUUGGUUUUAGGGUUGUUGUCAGUCUUUUGUACCUUUUCCAGAGCUUUAUAUUAUCCUGAUCUUGACGAGAAAGAGUUUGACAGAGUAGUGGAUGGCUCAAAACCAGCUCUUGUAGAAUUUUAUGCACCGUGGUGUGGGCACUGUAAGAAUCUUGCCCCAGAAUAUGAAAGAUUAGGAGAGGCUGCCAAAAGUGUCAAGGACGUUAUAGUUGCACAGGUUGAUGCUGACAAACACUCCAACCUGGCAAAGCGUUUUGGCGUCCAAGGUUUUCCAACCAUAAAGUGGUUCGAUAAGAAAGUAGAUAAAGCAAGCGCUGAAGAUUUUUCCGGUUCUAGAACAGCCGAGUCUCUAGCAGACUUCAUCCACCAAAAACUCGGUAGAACGAACGUCAUUCGUCUACCCAAAGAAGAGGUCCAUGUGGUGGAGCUCAAUCCAGAAAACUUCGAUAAGAUCGUUUUGGAUCCUACGAAAAAUGUUUUGGUCGAGUUUUAUGCCCCAUGGUGUGGUCACUGCAAAGCCUUGAAGCCUCAGUAUGAGAAGGUCGCAAAGACCUUUAAAGACUCUAGUGACGUCAUAAUAGCAUCGUUGGACGCAGAUGCAAACCGGGAUAUUGCACAGAGAUUCGAUGUCAGUGGAUUUCCCACUAUCAAAUUUUUCCCUGCAACCAAAAAGAAGGACGUUGUUGAAUACGAUUCUGGUCGUGCUGCUGUAGAUUUUGUUCGUUUCAUUAAUAAACACGUGGGCACUGAUUUGGAUGUCGGUGGGAUGCCCAGUGCUGAAGCUAGUCGAAUUAAAGCCCUUGAGACACCGGUUCGUGAGUUUAUCAAAGCAAAGGGUAGAAAUCUGGAAAAAGCAAAGGGUGCUGUUGAAGAAGUUAUUAGUCGUGAUCCCUCUUUGAAAGGCCAGUUGAAGCGCAACGCAAAGUAUUAUUUGAAGGUCAUGGAAAAGUAUGCACAGAAUGGAGAGGAAUAUAUCGUGAAGGAGAUUCAACGUCUAGAAAAUAUGUUGAAGAACGAAGAAGGAAAUAUUACAGAUUCAAAAAGAGCCAAUUUCUUACGUCGUCUCCAUAUUUUAAAGUCAUUCCUUUCAAAUGAUACCGAGGAAACAUAUUCGUAAACGUUAUAUAGUGGUAUUCAAACACGAAUGGUUUCAU